AUGGCCGCCGACGUCUUCAUGUGCUCGCCCCGCCGGCCUCGCGGCGGGACCCGCCCGGUGCUGCUCAAAGCUCCGGCUCCCGACGACGACGACGACGACUCGGACACGGACGAGCCCUCGGCCGCCCCCGCGGGCUCCGGCCACUCGGGCGGCCCGGCCCGGCCGGGCCCCGUCGCCGCCCCCGCCGCCGGCGGGCCGGACGAGGACGAGGACGACGAGGCGGAGGACGACGAGGCAGCGGCCGAGGAGCCCGGGGGGCGACGGCGGGGCCGGCAGCAGAUCAUCCACAGCGGCCACUUCAUGGUGUCGUCCCCGCACCGCGAGCACCCGCCCAAGAAGGGCUAUGACUUCGACACGGUCAACAAGCAGACGUGCCAGACGUACAGCUUCGGCAAGACCAGCUCGUGCCACCUGUCCAUCGACGCGUCCCUCACCAAGCUCUUCGAGUGCAUGACCCUGGCCUACAGUGGGAAAUUGGUAUCUCCAAAGUGGAAGAACUUCAAAGGGCUAAAGCUGCAAUGGAGAGACAAAAUCCGGCUCAAUAACGCCAUCUGGCGGGCGUGGUAUAUGCAGUACCUGGAGAAACGGAAGAAUCCUGUGUGCCACUUUGUGACUCCCUUGGAUGGCUCUGUGGAAGUGGAUGAGCAUCGCCGGCCAGAGGCCAUCACCACAGAAGGGAAGUACUGGAAACGUCGAAUUGAGAUUGUGAUCAGGGAAUAUCACAAGUGGAGAACAUACUUCAAGAAAAGGCUACAGAAGCACAAGGACGAGGACCUGUCCAGCCUGGUCCGGGAUGAUGACCUGCUUUUCUGGCAUAAGAGUGGGGAUGGGUGGGACACCCCAGUCCCCAUGGAAGAGGAUCCGCUCUUGGACACAGACAUGCUCAUGUCGGAAUUCAGCGACACCCUCUUUUCCACCCUUUCGUCGCAUCAGCCGAUGGCCUGGCCCAACCCGAGGGAGAUAGCACAUUUGGGAAAUGCAGACAUGAUCCAGCCAGGGCUAAUCCCUCUACAACCAAACUUUGACUUCAUGGACACAUUUGAACCUUUUCAGGACCUGUUCUCAUCCAGCCGCUCCAUCUUUGGCCCUGCACUUGCUGGACCUACUUCUUCACCUGCAGCAGACCCCAGUAGUCCACCAGCACAGGGGCCCAUCCUGUCAGCUGGUACUCUGCCCACUGUGAGCCUCCCUGAUAGCCUCAUUGUGCCACCAGGGCCAGCCUCCCUAAGCCCCACAGAGAGGCGGAGCUGUGAGCGUGGGCCUCGACUUGGGGGCCCUUUCAUCCAGCCCACAGACUUUGGUAGCCCUGAGCCACCACUGAGUGGUCCACAGACUUUCCUCCCAGUAUUUCCAGGUUCCCUGCUCUCUCCCACCUCAGCACCACCAUCAUCUUCACCUGCAAUGCCGUUAGUUCCCCCUCCAGGAGCCCCUCUGAGUGCCCAGGCUCCAUCUACUUUUCUGCAGUCACAGAAAUUUGGAGUUGGCAAGUCAUCCUCAGUCAUCACCCACACAGCCUCGGCUACACUCACCCAUGAUGCCUCUGCAGCUACUUUCAGCCAGAGCCGGGGCCUUGUGCUAACUGCACCGCAGCUGGCCCCACCAGGGCCAGCCUGUAGCCUGACAGUGCCUCCAGCAGUUGGGCCGACCCAAUCUCGUCUGACUUUUGUCCACCCUAAAUCUGUGCCCUUGGCUAGUGGACGGGCCAAGCAACCCCCUAAAAUAGUGCCUGCUCCAAAACCUGAGCCUGUGUCCUUGCUGUUAAAGAAUGCUUAUAUCACCCCAGCUGCCUUUUCAGGACAACCCCAAGCAGUGAUUGUGACCCCUGGCCCUCUGAAGAGAGAAGGGGUAUUGACCUCUACGAUGUCCCAGCCCAAUGUGGUCAUCACCAGGGCUCCUGGUGUCACCGAGUUCCAUAGUGGCAUCCUGGUUGCUGCAGACCUUGGCCAUGCUACUAGUAGCCAGCCAUCCCCAGCCUCCCGGCUCUUCUCCCCAAGUACUGUGCAAGAGUCCUUGGUGAAGGGCGAGCAGAUCUCACUGCAUGGAAGCGGUUCCCAGAUUGCCUCUCCAUCUUCCAGCCGAGACUGUCCGAAUUCUGGUCAGGCCUCUCCUUGCGCAUCAGAACAAAGUCCCAGUCCUCAGUCUCCCCAGAACUGCUCAGGGAAAUCCACUACAGACCCCCCAAAUGUGGCUGCAUUCAAGAGCCGGAGGAUGAAGCACAUUUCAGCUGAACAGAAGAGACGGUUCAACAUUAAGAUUGGCUUUGGAACCUUAAACAGUUUGAUCUCCAACAACUGCAAGCUGACCAGCCAUGCCAUCACCCUGCAGAAGACUGUAGAGUACAUUGCCAAGCUUCAGCAGGAGAGGAGCCAGAUGCAGGAGGAAGCACGGCGCCUUCGGGAGGAGAUUGAGGAGCUCAACACCACCAUCAUCUCCUGUCAGCAGCAGCUCCCUGCCACAGGAGUCCCCAUCACUCGCCGUCAGUGUGAUCAUAUGCGGGAUAUGUUUGACAAUUAUGUAAAAAGUCGGACCCUACAGAAUUGGAAGUUCUGGAUUUUCAGCAUCAUCAUCAAACCAUUGUUUGAGUCAUUCAAGGGCAUGGUGUCAACCACCAACUUGCAUGAGCUCCAUCAGAGUGCUCUCUCCUGGCUGGACCAGCACUGCUCCCUCCCUGUUCUCAGGCCAAUGGUUUUGCUCACCCUCCGCCAGCUGAGCACGACAACCUCCAUCCUCACGGACCCAUCUCGGUUACCAGAGCAAGCAUCUGAAGCCGUCACCAGAAUUGGCAAGAGGACAGGGGAGUCCCAGCAGCUUUGAGCACAUGGUCUCCACGUUAGCUCAGGGAUCCCUCCCUGUGUCAAGGGUACCUGGCUCCAGAGCCGGCAUCCUUGGCUUCUCCCAAAGCCUAGCUUCUUUCGUCCUUUAGGACUUCCCUCUGAUAAAGACAUGAAGUUUCAGCAGAAAUACCCAGCUCAGGUUUGUAGCAGGUGCGGGUCCUGCCAACAGCAAUAGCCCAUCUGCUGAAACACAGCGUGAUUGGGUUCCUUUGCUUAAUGACCUCAAAUGUCAGCCUCCCUGGGAUUCAGACAGUGAGAGCUGGCCCAGAAAAAGGGAAAUGUCUGUUCUUGAUCAACCUUGGCCUUGCUACUGACCCUGCUUCACUCCAGACCAGCUUCUCUGGAAGGCUGAUGGCUCCUGCAGGAGCUGAGGAGUGGAAUGAAGGGGUUGCUCUGUCCUUCAGUUGAUUAACAUCUUAAGCACCCGCCCCAAUUUGCAGACAUGGGGCUUGGUUUUUCUCUCUUCUUACUUUGUUUAUGGUGUUAAGGAAGGCUUCUCUUCUCUGACUUCACCUCUCCUGAUGUAGCAUUUGAAGAUGUCUGCCUGUGCACCAUCAAGGCAGUGACUUUGACAUGCAUCUGUAGCUUGUAAAUACACUUAAGUUCUGUGCAGGUGGAUGCUGCUGCAGGGCACCUGUUUUUACUGCAUGGUGUAGGCU